AUGGAAACCGCCACAGGCGGCUUGCUGCGCUUCCCGCGCUUCCUGCGCGCGUUUCUCGCAUCGAUCAGGUCGCAACAGUCGUUGCGCGCCGCGUCGCCGCCGAACCUCCUCUAUCCUGAGAUCCGCCUCUCGGAUGCGUGGCUGGCGCUGCUGCUGGCCGCGCUCCUUCUUUCCCUGCGCAUCGCCCUGGAGCGCUUCGUCUUCCCGCGCCUCUUCCCGCAAUUCCCCGCUCGCAAGCGCGGCAAGCUUUCAGAAAACCUUUUCUACGCCGCGUAUUAUACGGCCACCUUCGCCUACUUCGCGGCCGCCGUGCUCCCGCAUGCGGAGUGGACCGCGCCGCUGCUCGACAACCGCCCCAUCGUCGUGCGCGGGCUCAUCCACCCUUUCCCGCCGCCCAUGAGCGAGCGCGAGCACUGGUACUACGCUCAGUCCAUGGGCUUCUAUAUGUCCGCCGCGGCCUUCUUGCUGCUGUUCGAUGGGAGACGCUCCGACUUCGCAGAGCUCAUCCUGCACCACACAGUCACCAUCGGGCUCGUGGGCAUGAGCUAUGCAUACGGAUAUGUGCGUGCGGGCAUGGUUAUCAUGGCGCUGCAUGACGUCGGCGAUAUCUUCCUGUACUCGGCGAAGGCGAUCCACUACCUCGGCUUCGCGGGCUUCGAUACGGCCGUGUUUGCUGUUUUCACCGUCGUUUUUUACGUCACGCGCCUCGUCAUGUUCUCGCGCAUGGUGCACACCAUCCUCGUCGAGACGCUGCAGGUCGUGGUCGAGGAGCCGGCGUUCAACCGCUGGGCCAUGUUUUAUGACACCUACCUACCGCAUUACGCUUUCUUCGUCGUGUGCUUGUCCACGCUCCUGUUUUUGCACUGCUUCUGGAUGGCGCUUAUCCUGCGCAUGAUCCAUCGUGAGCUGUUCUUGGGCAACAAGAUCUCGGAUCAGGGCGACAUUCGCAGCGACCAUGGCAGCGAGGAUGGGGGGGAUGACCGCAACCACGACGCUCUUUUCGAGGACGCCCCGGGCCAUGAGGGCGAUGUCGGCGCCGUUUUGGGGAAGAAGCGCAUGUAG